GACUCCGCGUCUCUCUGGAUUGUUCUCGUCUUGUCCGAGCUGCUGCUGUUUCUCUGGCCUCCUCCUUAGAUUAGCAACUGCGACUGCCAAUUACCGGUGCUGCUUUCAAUCUUCUACUCCACCAUUCUCAGCUCGGGUUAGGUUUUGGGCUGAAAUAGUUAUUGGGCCUCGAAAGAAGGAAGUAAGAAUGUGAAUGGAAAACCGUUCAUAUAUAUACAAGUGAAAGCUAAAUACUCUGCCAACAAAACACUUGCUGAGGGCUACCCACUACCCAGUGUUAUUCUCCUUUCCAUCAAUCUACGAAGACCCAUCACCGGGCAGAGCCUAGCUGUUUUCCUUGAUGUAAGAACUAGGUUUGGCUCAAGGUGACUUAGAUCGUUAUUUGAGCUUGAGCCUGGAAAUUGAGGUGCAUUCUUGAGCAUUAUAGUUGUAAAGGGUCAACUUUAUAGAACUUUAUCAGGUUGUUGUCAAGGAACUUGAUUGGAUAGUCAUUGAGUCGGCUAUCUAGAGAUGGUAUUGAUAUUGGAGUUUUGUUUGCUUUAUUUAUCUUUUUGAGGUGAGAAACUAGGACCUGAACUAUGGCCAAGCAUCAUCCUGAUCUGAUCAUGUGCCGGAAGCAGCCAGGAAUUGCCAUUGGACGACUUUGUGAGAAAGAUGAUGGGAAAUGUGUGAUAUGUGAUUCUUAUGUGCGUCCUUGCACACUUGUACGAAUAUGUGAUGAAUGCAACUACGGAUCCUUCCAAGGUCGGUGCGUUAUCUGUGGAGGCGUUGGUAUCUCAGAUGCCUACUAUUGCAAAGAGUGCACACAGCAGGAGAAAGAUAGGGAUGGAUGCCCAAAAAUUGUUAAUUUAGGAAGUGCCAAAACAGAUCUGUUCUAUGAGCGCAAGAAGUAUGGUUUUAAGAAAAGAUAAGUUGUGGGUUUCAUCUGUGGUAAUAUGAUAUGCCUAUCAGUCUUGGUAGACGAGGAAAGAACCGAAUCUAAACUGUUGCAAAGUUAAGUUUGUAUCUAACAAUGGUAUAGCUGCUUUGAAGAUUUGUGUUGCUUAUGGUCUUGUAAUACUCUUGAACAGAAUUGUGUUUGAACCAUGUAUCUUAAUUCUAGAGCAGCUGCUUACUAUCAAGAUGUCUAAUAGACCGUGUGAGGUAAUUGAGGCAUAUCAUUUGAUUUUAUUUUA